CUCCGCGCUCUCGCGGCCGCCGUCGCCCCGGGGAAGGAGAGACGGGGGUGGGGUUUGCGGGUAGUGAGAGAGGAGGGGCGAGACCCCGGCCGGCUGGAGCCCGGAAUGCUGCUGCUGCUGCUGGUGCCUCUCUUCCUCCGCCCCCUGGGCGCAGGCGGGGCGCAGACCCCCAACGCCACCUCGGAAGGUUGCCAGAUCAUACACCCGCCCUGGGAAGGGGGCAUCAGGUACCGCGGCCUGACUCGCGACCAGGUGAAGGCCAUCAACUUCCUGCCUGUGGACUAUGAGAUUGAAUAUGUGUGCCGGGGGGAGCGCGAGGUGGUGGGGCCCAAGGUGCGCAAGUGCCUGGCCAACGGCUCCUGGACCGAUAUGGACACACCCAGCCGCUGUGUCCGAAUCUGCUCCAAGUCUUAUUUGACCCUGGAAAAUGGGAAGGUUUUCCUGACGGGUGGGGAUCUCCCUGCUCUGGAUGGAGCCCGGGUGGAUUUCCGAUGUGACCCCGACUUCCAUCUGGUGGGCAGCUCCCGGAGCAUCUGUAGUCAGGGCCAGUGGAGCACCCCCAAGCCCCACUGCCAGGUGAAUCGAACUCCACACUCAGAACGGCGUGCAGUGUACAUCGGGGCGCUGUUUCCCAUGAGCGGGGGCUGGCCGGGGGGCCAGGCCUGCCAGCCCGCGGUGGAGAUGGCGCUGGAGGACGUUAACAGCCGCAGGGAUAUCUUGCCGGACUACGAGCUCAAGCUUAUCCACCACGACAGCAAGUGUGACCCAGGGCAAGCCACCAAGUACUUGUAUGAACUACUCUACAAUGACCCCAUCAAGAUCAUCCUCAUGCCUGGCUGCAGUUCUGUCUCCACACUUGUAGCUGAGGCUGCCCGGAUGUGGAACCUUAUUGUGCUCUCAUACGGCUCCAGCUCACCAGCCCUGUCAAACCGACAGCGUUUUCCAACGUUCUUCCGAACACAUCCAUCCGCCACACUCCACAAUCCCACCCGGGUGAAACUCUUUGAAAAGUGGGGCUGGAAGAAGAUUGCCACCAUCCAGCAGACCACAGAGGUCUUCACCUCAACGCUGGAUGACCUAGAGGAGCGAGUGAAAGAGGCUGGGAUUGAGAUCACCUUCCGCCAGAGUUUCUUCUCAGAUCCAGCUGUACCUGUUAAAAACCUGAAGCGUCAAGAUGCUCGAAUCAUCGUGGGACUUUUCUAUGAGACUGAAGCCCGGAAAGUUUUUUGUGAGGUUUAUAAGGAACGGCUCUUUGGGAAGAAGUAUGUCUGGUUCCUCAUUGGGUGGUAUGCUGACAAUUGGUUCAAGACCUAUGACCCAUCAAUCAAUUGCACAGUGGAUGAGAUGACCGAGGCAGUGGAGGGCCAUAUCACCACUGAGAUUGUCAUGCUGAACCCUGCCAACACCCGAAGCAUUUCUAACAUGACAUCCCAGGAAUUUGUGGAGAAAUUAACCAAAAGGCUGAAAAGACACCCAGAGGAGACUGGAGGCUUCCAGGAGGCACCAUUGGCCUAUGAUGCCAUCUGGGCCUUGGCUUUAGCCCUGAACAAGACCUCUGGAGGAGGUGGCCGUUCGGGUGUGCGCCUGGAGGACUUUAACUACAACAACCAGACCAUUACGGACCAAAUCUACCGGGCCAUGAACUCCUCGUCCUUUGAGGGUGUUUCCGGCCAUGUGGUCUUUGAUGCCAGUGGCUCCCGGAUGGCAUGGACACUUAUCGAGCAGCUACAGGGUGGCAGCUACAAGAAGAUUGGCUACUACGACAGCACCAAGGAUGACCUUUCCUGGUCCAAAACAGAUAAGUGGAUUGGAGGGUCUCCCCCAGCUGACCAGACCUUGGUCAUCAAGACAUUCCGUUUCCUGUCACAGAAACUCUUUAUCUCCGUCUCAGUUCUCUCCAGCCUGGGCAUUGUUCUUGCUGUUGUAUGUCUGUCCUUUAACAUCUACAACUCCCAUGUUCGUUAUAUCCAGAACUCCCAGCCCAACCUGAACAAUCUGACUGCCGUGGGCUGCUCACUGGCACUAGCUGCUGUGUUCCCCCUUGGGCUGGAUGGUUACCACAUAGGGAAAAGCCAGUUCCCGUUUGUCUGCCAGGCCCGCCUUUGGCUCCUGGGCUUGGGCUUUAGUCUGGGCUAUGGCUCUAUGUUCACCAAGAUCUGGUGGGUCCACACAGUCUUCACAAAGAAAGAGGAGAAGAAGGAAUGGAGGAAGACCCUAGAGCCCUGGAAACUGUAUGCCACAGUAGGUCUGCUGGUGGGCAUGGAUGUUCUGACUCUUGCCAUCUGGCAGAUUGUGGAUCCCUUGCACCGAACCAUCGAGACAUUUGCCAAGGAGGAACCAAAGGAAGACAUUGAUGUCUCCAUACUGCCUCAGCUAGAGCACUGCAGCUCCAAGAAGAUGAAUACAUGGCUUGGCAUUUUCUAUGGUUACAAGGGGCUGCUACUGCUACUGGGAAUCUUUCUUGCGUAUGAGACCAAAAGUGUUUCCACUGAAAAGAUCAACGACCACAGGGCUGUCGGCAUGGCUAUCUACAAUGUUGCAGUCCUGUGUCUCAUCACUGCUCCUGUCACCAUGAUUCUUUCCAGCCAGCAGGAUGCAGCCUUUGCCUUUGCCUCUCUGGCCAUUGUGUUCUCUUCCUACAUUACUCUGGUUGUGCUCUUUGUGCCCAAGAUGCGCAGGUUGAUCACCCGAGGGGAAUGGCAGUCUGAAGCACAGGACACCAUGAAGACAGGGUCAUCCACCAACAACAACGAAGAAGAGAAGUCCCGGCUGCUGGAGAAAGAGAACCGUGAAUUGGAAAAGAUCAUUGCUGAGAAAGAGGAGCGUGUCUCUGAACUGCGCCAUCAGCUCCAGUCUCGGCAGCAGCUUCGUUCACGGCGCCACCCCCCAACACCCCCGGACCCCUCUGGGGGCCUUCCCAGGGGACCCUCGGAGCCCCCUGACCGGCUUAGCUGUGAUGGGAGUCGCGUGCAUUUGCUUUACAAGUGA